AUGACUAAACUGAUCCAGUAUCUUCUGUCUGUGGGGAAUACUAGAGAAGGAGGGGAAACCAAAGACUGGAAACUCCCUGUGAAGUCUAGGGCCCUGGAGGCAUUCUUGGAGGUCCUCCAGCAACCAUCAUGCAAGGUGGUGCUGGGGACUGUCCUCUUGCUAGGAGGUGGAGGCCUCAUCCUGUGGGCUCACAGGAAGAGGAGAAGGAAGAAAGCCCAAGAGUGUUUCCAAGACAAGGUUCCAGAAUACUACGGAGCAAAUGAGAGUUGGAUCAAAUCUCAUUUUAGCUGCCUCUCUGAAGAGAGAUUGCCCACCCGCCACUAUGCCUGCGUUAGCAACAAUGCCCCUUCACCUGAAAGUGGGCAUGGAGAGACCAGCACUGCCAUCCACAUGGAGACCCUUACUUCUACACACGGAGAGGGGGGAACAACUCUGCAUCGAGACUCCUUUGCCACCAAGCAGAGGAUGGCUGGGUCCUCAGUGACCAAAGAGACCCAAAGGGAGUCAAGAAAAUCCUCAUCCAUAGAGGAGGCCACCUGGGCUGCUGUGGCCACUUGUGCCAAGGAUAUUGAUGCCAAGGGGCAGCACCUGGCUAAUUCCAUGCUGCAGCGUGCCACAACUUACCAGCACACAGGCCAUGUGGAGUCCAGGGACAUCAACCCAGAGGAGCUAAAGGCUCUGGAGGACGUGGCGAUAGAGCUGAAAGGAAAUUUCUUCACCCACUGGGAAACCACCAUAGCUGGUACCAACCAAACACACACUGUCUAUGGUCACAGCCGCCAUGGCCACCAGAGCCACCAGGGCCAUUCAGGUCACCAUAGCCACCCGGGCCAUCAAAGUCACCAGAGCCACCAGGGUCAUCCAAGUCAUUCAAGCCACCGAAGUCAGUCGGGCCAGUCAAGCCACCAGGGUCAUCCAUGUCAUUCAAGUCACCAGAGUCACCAGGGUCAGCCAAGUCACCCAAGCCACCAGAGCCACAGCAUGCCCAACCACAGCCAGCAGAUUUGUGACUCUUGAAGCUGCUUAACCAUAUUGCCCCUUCCCCCAGCAGGGCCGGCUCAUAUAUACAGGCCUGUUUUCUCUCCUAUGGGGAAACCUGCAUGGUCCAGGAUGAGAGGUUACAACCCAAAUCCUUACUUCCUCUAGCUCCAACAGGGGUCAUGAGUGAGGGAGGAAGGGAUGCAGCUACAACAGCCUGAGGCUCCUGAAAACUCUUGAGAGAAAACAUGAGGCAGAUAGUAGGAGCAGCUACUAGCCCCACACUGACCCCACAUGCCUGAUUGGAGCCAAUAAAAGCCCUGUAUGCCCUCAAC